AUGUCUAAGGAAUAAGAAUAGCAAACCAAAAUCAAAAGUUUAGAAGAGGACAUUCAAAAUAGACAUAGACAAAUAGUAUCACUUACUAAUAAAGUAGAAGAAUUGCAACGAUCCAUCUAAAACAAUUCAGAAGUAGACAUCGAAUCAUGAUUGCUUAGGUAGUGGAACUUGGAGAGAAGCUGAGAAUGCUUGAAUCUCAAAACCUCAAACUCAUAGAAAAGAAUCAAAGUGAUGUUGUGGAAUGGCGAUCGAAAGAAAGAGAUUUCAAUGUACAUCUAACUCCUAAUCAAGAAUCAAAUCCAAGCACUCCAACGCAAACUGAAUGAAGUCGAAGUUCAACUGACUGAGGCUAAGGAUCUCAAUUAACAACUCAUUGCUAAGUCUGGAGAAAACAGCAAUUCUGAAUCACAGUCUCAAUAAAUCACUUCACAUUAUGAACAUCUUCUCAGUGAAAAAGAUGCUUAACUCAAAGAAAGAGAAAACAAGAUCUCCCAUUUAGAAUAAAUGAUUCCCCAAUUACAGAAAGAUUUAGAAGAAAGAGAUUAAUCAAUCAAAUCACUUAAUGAACAAUUAGAAAAUCAAAAAUAGCAAUUAACACUGUUGACUCAAUAGAAUGGUCAUCUUAACACUCUUACUACUGAACUAAGUAAUUUAAAACUAUUCAAAGACAAUUUGCUGAAUGAUAACUAAACACUCAACUCUUAACUCUAAUAACUAAACACUACCAACGCUAACUUACUAAAUUCACUCAAACUUACAGAAGAUCAAAACACAGCCAAUUCUAAGCAGAUCUUGGAUCUUUAGAAUGAAUUGAAGGAUUCACAAAAAUAAUACAAAGAUGAAAUGACUAAAAUUAUGCAGAUCCUUGAAAAGAACAAAGAAAAAGUAUUUGUUUUGUUUAACUAUUCAUUAAGUCUGCUCAUGAGUAAGAACUAUUUAAAAACAGAUUGCUUGAAAAGGAUGACAUUUUGAAUGAAGCCAAAAAAUAAUUUGAAUAAACUACUAAAUAAUUUGAAAAGUAUUUACUCAUUGUAUUUAUAUCAAAGGGAAAAUGCUACUCUCACUACUUAACUAUCAUAAGCAAACAAGACUCUCAAAGAAUAGUCUAAGAAAAUCUCUGAUCUUGAAUUUAAAAUCAGAGAAUUAGAAUCCAAAUUACAAGAAAGCAAUAGACAAUACAUCAAAUCACUAGAGCAUUCUAAACAGUUAGACAUUGAAGUAACAGUAUACCUUACUAUCUAUAGCUCAAAAAAUCUAUUCAAGCAUCCUCAAAGUAUUAGGAAUAAUUAAUAUUCAAAGAUGAAGAAUUAUAAAAAUCUAAAUAGCUUUAAUUAAGAAUUCUUUAAGAUAAUUCUGACCUAAAGGCAAAAUUAGAGUCUUUUUUGUAAAUGAAUUCUAAAAGCAAAUCAAAUGAAUUAUAGAAUCUCAAAAAUCAAAUCCUAGAGAAAGAUUCAGAAAUCGAAUUACUAAAGUAGUAAUAGAAAUCCUUGGCAACCCAAUUAAAGACUAGUUAAGGCUAUGCAACUAGAUUCAAACAAAGAAAUAAGCAAUUAGAAAUGGAAAAUACAGAACUAUUGAAAUCUAAGAAUAAUUUAGAAACUCUUUUCUAAGAAAUCCUUGAUCAAACCAAAUAAAAAUCAAAUGUAAAGAAUUUAUCAGCUUUAUCAAAUAAUCCCACUAAGUAUUAAAUGAGUUUGCUCACAUAAAGAAAGAAUUAUAUGCAAGAAAACACUUCAACUCACUCCCAAGAAAACAGAUCAUCAAGUCAAAAAUCAAAUAACACUACCCCCAAUAAAGGGGCUAAAACAGGAGAUGUGUCCUUUAAAAGAGCCAUCCUAGUCAGUGGAACGAAAAAAAAUACUCAUUCAGUUUCUUAAGAAAAUAUUAAUUCUAAAUAAUAUAAUAAGGCACUCAAUGAAAUACAAGAACUUGAUGAAAGCUAAUAAUAAAAUAAACCGCAAUCUUCACAGGAGCAUUAAGAGUAGCAAGUAUUUCAAGACUAACAGCAAAGUGUAUAAUAACAACAGGAACACAAAGAAGAUCAAAUAUAUGAAGACUAAGAAAACAAUGAAGAAGUUGCAGAUUUCAUUGACGACGACUAUAAUGAUCUUAAUUGA